AUGUCAAAAAGGACAUAUUUGAGUGGUUCAGACAAAAGAAAAAGACUUGCGAUCCAAAAAGAAAAAAUUAACAAAUUGCCUAAGCUUACUUCAUUUUUUACACUCGAGGAAACUAACAGGCAUAAUGAGUUUUCGACCUCGUUAUAUCAAGGUACCUCUAAAUUUGAAAGUCCAGAAAUUGGACCCACUUUUAAUGAUACAACUAUUGUUUUGAGUUCAUCAACUCCAAAUUUUACUACAAAUACACAUAUUAUAGAAAAUAUAUCUCACGACCCUGGUACUUACUGUGAUGAUAUUUUAACUGAAGAAAAACGCGAUAUUUGGAUACUCAAAGGACCAGAGUUUUUCCAGAAUAAAAAUAGUGACUUCUCCGAAACUUUUACAAGUUUUUCAGAUGUAAGUGGUAAAACAAAAACUAGAAGCUUGACUAGAAAUGUUUUCACCCGCAAAUUGACGAAUGGAGAGUGUGUAGAAAGAAGUUGGCUCAUAUAUUCGCCGUUGAAGAAAUCUGUAUAUUGUUAUUGCUGUCGUAUUUUUAAUUAUACUAUUACUAUAAGCAACAGUUUGAGUUCUUCUAAUGGAUACAAAGAUUGGAAACAUAUUAGUAACUUUUUAAUGGAGCAUGAGAAUAGUUCACUACACAAGCAAUCAAUGAUGAAGUAUGUCUCAAGAAGCAAAACUAUUGCUCGAGUGGAUAAUGGAUUGAUUUCUCAAUACAAUGCUGAAAUCAAUUAUUGGAAGAAUGUACUCAAAAGGAUUGUUGCUGUGGUAAAGUUUUUGGCUUCAAGGGGACUUGGAUUUCGUGGUGAUAAUGAAAUGUUGGGAUCUCAAAAUAACGGUAAUUAUUUGGGAUGCUUAGAAUUAAUAAGCGAAUUUGACCCUUUUCUAGCUGAUCAUAUACAAAACUACGGAAGUCGUGGAAAAGGAAGUACAUCAUAUUUGUCUGCAAAUAUUUGCAACGAAUUUAUUAAUAUAAUGGGGGAAAAAGUGUUAACAACAAUUAUUAGUGAAAUAAAAGCAUCAAAAUACUAUUCAAUAAGCGUCAAUUCCACUCCAGAUCUAUCUCAUGUGGACCAACUCACUUUUAUUUUACGGUUUGUUAAAGACGGAAAGCCUAUUGAGAGAUUUUUGCAAUUUUUGCCUAUCGAAGAGCAUAAAGCGCAAUAUAUAGCAGAUACGGUUUUAAACUUUUUGGAAGACCAUAAAAUUCCAAUAAAAAAUUGUCGUGGGCAGAGUUACGACAACGCAGCAAAUAUGGCAGGAAAGUAUUCUGGGCUACAGGCAAGAAUUAAAGAGCAAUGUAAAUUUGUAAUUUUCGUCCCGUGUGCAGCACAUUCAUUGAACCUGGUAGGGGUCCAAGCGGUUGGAUGUGUUUCAGAAGCAGUAUCAUACUUUCAAUUAGUCCAGAAAUUGUUCAAUUUUUUUUCAAGUUCAACCAAUCGAUGGACGAUAUUAAAAGGAUGUUUAGGCGGACAAAAAGUUCUGAAAAACUUAUCUGAAACCAGAUGGUCGGCACGAGCUGAUGCUAUUAAUGCUUUGCACAAUGGUUAUAAUCAUAUUUUUGAAGCUUUAUUAUUAAUUGCUAAAAACACCGAUCAAUCAGCAGAAACGAAAAACGAGGCACAAAGUCUUGGCAAAAAAAUGGAAAAAUUGGAGACCGUUAUCCUUACUGAGACAUGGAAUGACCUUCUGGGAGCUAUAAAUAAAACAAGCUUAAGUUUACAGAAUAAUACUAUAACAAUGGACGUUGCAACAAAACUGUUUGCAUCACUUAGCGAGUAUAUUAGUAAUGCACGCAAUAAUUUUGAUCAGUAUGAAUCGGCCGCCAAAGAAAUUAAUCCAAAUUCUGACUAUAAAGAUAAAUUUCAAAGAAUAAGAAUUCGAAGCACACGUAUUACUUUUUUGGAAAAUCCAUCAGAGACUGUGCAGUUGAGUGGUAAAGAAAAAUUUUAUGUAGAAACGUUCCUUCCCAUAAUCGACACGCUAAAUACACAUUUAAUGCAACGAUCGGAAUCGUACAAAGAAAUUAAUUAA